AUGGAUUUAUCAACAUCAGCAGAUAAAAAACAAUUAAAACAAUUAAUGGUUGAUUCGACGAAAAAAGAAGACAUUGAUAUAGUUGAUGGUGCUUAUGACGAUCGGCAGCAUUCAGAAACUAUUUACCCUUAUUUAACAUUAAAUGAUUUACGUGAAAAAAUUAAACAACGUGGUCAUAAUGCAUCAUAUGUUUUAUCUGAAGCUGGUUAUUUAGGUUAUUCAUGUUCAAGAUAUGUUGUUACACGUUUAUAUACAUAUGAUCAAUUAAAUGCUUAA